UAAAACAUUUCCAUUUCGAUUUGGUUUUAAUAAUCAACGGCGAAUGCUACUACUCGUAAAGUCUUAUAUUAGAUUUUCAUUCAAUAAUUUCAAAUCUCUUUCACACAUUGUGUAAUAUGUGGUCUCAACUAGGGUACGCACCUGCACAGUUCGAUCAAAUUUAUGAACGAAGGUGAGAAAAAAAUAUCGCGCGUGUGUACCGACGGAGAUAAUGCAGUCAGGCGUGCCACCGGCUGGGGAUAUCUAAAUAUAACUACAGCAAAAUGAUUAAAACUGGAGAAGAAAAUCUAGGACACUUGAAAUAUCCGCAGACAGUGGAAUUCAGCGGACAAGAGGAUCAACAUUCGGUAGAAUUGUAUAGUCAAAAUGUAACAAUCAUUCCAUCAUCGGGUGGCCACGAUCAUGGAAGUUCCAAAGUUAAAUUAAAAAAUAUCGUUGACUUUACUUGGGAACAUAAUUUUUAUACCGGUCAAUUAUUGGCUGUUCAUAUGUCUGGAAAAUAUUUAGCUUACGGUAUCAAAGUUGGAACUGGAGGUGGAGUAGUACGGGUUGUAUAUAAAGAAUUAGAACAAAGAGCGUUAUUAAGAGGAAUGCGUGGGGCUAUACAAGAUCUAGCUUUUGCUCAUGUGUCAAAUGCUAUUUUAGCCUGCGUCGACUACUCAGGAAACCUCUUUAUACAUACUAUUGAAUCAACACCAUCCGAACUAUUAUGUAACUUAGUAUUACAAGUUGAUGCUGAAGAAUCAUCUCCUACUAGUCAUCGUGUUAUUUGGUGUCCUUAUAUUCCCGAAGAUGAUCCAUCGGAUGGUGAUGCAGUAUCUAAACUAUUGGUACUAACAAGGGGUUCUAAAGCAGAGCUAUGGUCGGUUGCCAAUGUUGCAGCUAGAUUUAGAUCUAUAGAGGCAACUGAUCCAGCUGCAAAAGAAAGCGGCGGCAUGAUAGAAAUUAAUCAGCACUCAGGGAUGAUCAUCGAGGCAACGUUUAGUCCCGAUGGUACCGCCUUAGCUACAGCCAGUCUUGAUGGAGAAGUCAAGUUCUUCCAGGUAUAUAUGCACGGUAAUUCUCAUGGCACGACUCAACCGCAUUGUUUACAUAAAUGGCAACCACACGGUGGACGUCCCAUUUCUUGUCUAUUUUUCCUCGACGAUCAUCAAACUUGUCAACCUGACGUACAAUUCUGGAGAUUCGCUAUUACUGGCUGUGACAAUAAUUCAGAAUUGAAAGUUUGGUCGUGCGAAUUAUGGACGUGUUUGCAAACUAUUACAUUUGCGCCAACUCCUUCGACUGGAAAAGUUCCUGUAUUGAAAGCAGGCUUAGAUCUUAGCGCCGGUUAUCUUUUGUUGUCUGACAUAUAUAAUAAAGUUCUGUAUAUAUUGAGUAUUUGUAAAGUCAGUGGAGAGGCAUUAGCGUGCGUAAGUACGAUAUCAGAAUUUCUUCUGCCUUAUCCGAUCUUGAGUUUUGGAAUAGUUGAUGCUGGUCAAAGAAAAAUGCGUCCAAUGGGAGAAUCAUUGGAAGAUCUUACUCAGUGCGAGGAAGAAACGGAGGAACAACUUGUUAUAAGAAUGUAUCUAGUUCAACCUAAGUCACUGCAAGAAUGUCAUAUAGCAUUUAAGCCCGCCUCGCGAGUGAAUGGCAAUUGUCUCAUGGAUAUGCUCAUUCAUGAUUCCUUGGAUUAUUCGGAAGAUUUACCAGAUAUUGGGAUUGUUAAUCACAAUGGAAUUUCAGGAGAAAAUAGCGAAGAAGAUCGUAUGUUAUCGGCUACGAUCGAAAACACGAAUAAUCAUAAUACAGGAUUAAAUUUAAUGACACCGGAUGCAUUUAGUUCACCGGCAAAGAAAGAAAACAACGAUACAGAAUCAAGUCCUCCUAGUCCUGAACUUGAAGACGUGAUAUCCGUUAGCCCCUCUCUGGCGCAGGCAGUACAAGCGUUGAACGCUUCGGAUCCGCCCCUUGCGACGAGCGAAUUAGAGGAGCAUGCGCCAGCUAGUGGUGGUAGUAGUCCUAGUAGAGAAGUCAGAGAAAUUCUAUCACUUAGUAAACAAGAAGAGGAAGAAGCCGAUUCUGAAAAUAAAGAGGAAGCAGCGCCGAAUACAGGAGAAGAUUGGCCUAAUAUUCCAAUGGUUUUAUUAAAAGAUGUCAAUGUACAUGCCAUGAAGUCAGACUCUGAAGAAUAUCAAAAUAAAGAAGAUAAUAAUACUACACAAAGAAAUACGACUAAGGAUGAAACUAAUUCGACAACUCACAUUUCGUGCGAACAAGAGACUCAAUGGCAAAAAACUGCAAAUAAUAUUAACGUUACUGAAAUAACUAAUAAAAUGGAUUCCAUUUUGGAAACUAUUCAAGAACAGUAUCAAGAAAUUAGAGAAUUAAAAAAUGAAGUAACGAGAUUAAGACAGGAAUCACCGAUAUCUACGCGUAUUGAAUCGGUUUUAGCAAGAGCAUCGCAACAACAAACAGCAACGUUAGAACAAUUGUAUGGACAAAUGAAUCGUCAACGUGAAUUAUUAAAUUCACUUGAAACAACGAUUAAAGAUAAAAUAGAAAAUAUUUUACCGCGAAUAGUUGAAGAAACGAUUGAACCAUUAAAACAUCAACUACAUUUGGACGUAACUCGCAUGGACGAUUUGUUGAAAGAUAAUUUAACUAAAUUGAUUAAUAGUACACAUAUAAAGGAUACAUUGGCAUUAGCUGCAGCCAAUGCAGCUAAACCAGCACUUGAUGUAGCUUUCAAAGACACUUUCACAAAUAUCCUUUUACCUGGCAUGGAAAAAGCUUGCCAAAAUAUGUUCAAGCAAGUGCAAGAUGCAUUCGUCAAAGGUACCCGCGAAUACCUUCAAAACGUUGAUUCUAUUAUGGAUAAGCAAUAUAAACAACGAAAUGAACAACAAACCGAAGCACUUUCAUUGUCAGUACGCGAAGAAAUUCGAAAUGAAUUUUCUCGAGGAAUAUCUUCCAUGCAAGAGGAUACUGUACGUAUAGUUCGAGAAUCGAUCAGGGAAAACUUAAAUCAACAAUUGAACGAAAUUUCUGGUGUACGUUCACGGGCCACGACUCCUGCAACAAUAUCUGUACCUGCAGUUGCCGAUGCACAAGCUCGAGUUAUAUCUUUACUGCAAAGAGGUCAAUUAAAUGCUGCUUUCCAACAAGCUUUAAGUGCUAGCGAUUUGGGAUUAGUCGUUUUAGCUUGUGAAAGGACUGAACCAUCGAGAGUAUUUUCUUCUCCUCUUGGACCUCAGGGUCAAGGCACUAGAUGUAUUUUACAGCAACCGGUAUUAUUAUCAUUAGUCCAACAACUCUCUGCCGAUUUAGGACAUCGUACAGAACUUAAACACAGGUGGUUAGAAGAAGCUAUAUUGAAUUUAGAUCCAACUGAUCCAGUAACUCGAGAGCACAUGGGUACUGUGUUAAUGACUUUACAAAGUCAAUUAGCUGCUUUUCUAACAGCAAAUCCAAAUCACCGAUCAUCUCGACAAAUGAAAAUGUUAGCCAUGGCAGCACGCGCUUUAUUAGCUCAACAUCCUUGACCUACAAUGUGUCUUCAAUAAGCACAUUUUUGUAUAAUAUAAGGUUCUUAUCUUUUGUCAAAGAGAGAAAAAAAAGGAGAAGAAGAGAAAGACGUGUUAGUCUAAAAGCAAUAUCGCCAAUGCGAGUUUAAGACUGACAUUAGUUCACAUGAAAUGUGAAAGAAAUAUUGUAUUAAUGUACGUUGUAAUUUUAUUAUUUUACUGAAAUAUUGUUUUUUAUUAUUUGCA